GUUGACAUAAACAUCAGGGCGGCUGCUCAUCCUUCACCAACUUUUUUUUUUUUUUUAAAUCGCGACGAGUGCCAGGCAGGGAAGGAGCCAUGGGUAAUAGUGACAGUACUCUGGCUGUGCUGCAGGUGGACAGGGAUAAAGGCAAGGUGUAUGAAGACUGGAUGAUGGCCCCUGGGGAUUUGGAUGGUGUCCCAGUAACAGUCUCUGCUGCUCAUCCUGCAUCAUCUCGCAAGAGACCUUAUAUUGAGAGAGCUUUACAGGCCAGCAGAGUAUAUCGACAUCCAGGCCUGUUGAAGUACUUGGACGGGGGUGUGAUCAAUGGGGAGGUGGUUGUGGUGAUGGAGAGAGCCACCUCACUGCUACACCAUGAUCUGGAGCACUUCUCUCCACUUCACAUAUCAGCAGGGCUUUUGUCUAUUAUUGAUACUUUAGCCUUUCUCCAUGACAGGGCAGGCGUAAGUCACAACAAUGUAAGCACUGCCAGCAUUUUUGUCACCCCUGAUGGAGCAUGGAAGCUGUGGGGCCUUGAGUACUCAUGCAGUUUUGGAGAGCUGACACGUGAUCAUAUUGAACACAUAAAUAGCUACUGUCAUGAGAAAUCUAUCCCACCAGAUGACAAAUCUCGAAUUUCUCCAGCAUAUCAGCAUGCUAGAGACUCCUAUGCUUUUGCUCGUCUUGUUGAAGAUAUUCUAACUCCAGAAACUGUGUCAGAAGUAGCAGGUGCUGGGGACUUUCUGUCACUGCUGCAGAAGAGUGGCCUCAACAAAGACUGGAUGCAGAGGCCUCGCUUGGCUGUACUAGCUGACCAUCACAUCUUCAGGCAUGAUUUUUUGAAACUACAUGAUAAUCUGACUAAUGUCUUACUUUUGAGUGAUCAGAAGAGAGAUGAGUUUCUCAAGUCUGUUGCGGAUGACUUGCGUCAGUAUCCUGAGGAGUUGGUAUCGGGUACUUUGGCUAAAGCACUAUUAAGUCGCCCAUUGUUGUUGCAUCCAGCUGCUGCUACCCACCUCAUGCCCAAAGUUCUUACACCAAGGAAUGGUGGAGAUAAUGAUGCAGACAGUGGGUUGUUCAGUGCUGAGGUAUUCCAGCGUGACAUAGUGCCACAGCUUAUCCGCUUGUUUAAUGUGCAUGAUGCAACUGUUCGGAGUAUCCUGCUGAUGUAUCUGCCUUACUAUGUUUCAUUAAUCCCAAAAGAUGUUCUAGCCAAUGAUGUGCUGCCGGAAUUGUUACUUGGUAUCCGUGACUCAAGUGACAGCUUAGUGAUGUCAACACUCCAUGCCCUUGCUGAACUUGUACCCAUUCUUGGUGCUAACACUGUCAUUGGAGAAAAUAGACAGAAUCUCUUCACAACUGCUAAGCCAAAGCCUCUUUAA